AUGGCGAAAAUUAUGAUCCCUGCUAGCAAGCAGCCUUUGUACAAGAAGCUUGCUCUUCUUUUGGUCGCUGUGUUUACUGUCUAUGUGUUUUUCCAUGGCGCCCAAUACGGCAUUGGCUCUUCACCAACACCCAAGUACAGUAACGUUGUAUCAUCGGACACGGGUUUCAAAUACUCAAGAGUAGAAACACCUAAAUAUACAGGUGCUCGUGAAAAAGCAACUUUUGUCACUCUGGUGCGUAAUAGAGACCUUUAUUCGUUGGCCGAAUCCAUCAAAUCUGUUGAGGAUAGGUUCAACUCCAAAUUCAAUUACGAUUGGGUAUUUUUGAAUGACGAAGAGUUCACUGAAGAAUUCAAGAAUGUUACCACUGCUUUAGUUAGUGGUACAACUAAAUAUGGUGUUAUCCCACAUGAACAUUGGUCUUUUCCAGAUUGGAUUGAUGAAUCAAAAGCCGCUCAAGUUAGAAAGGAAAUGGGAGAAAAAAGAAUUAUCUACGGUGAUUCUAUCUCUUACAGACACAUGUGUCGUUUUGAAUCUGGGUUCUUUUACAGACACCCUUUGAUGAAUGAUUAUGAUUGGUAUUGGCGUGUGGAACCUGAUAUCAAGUUGCAGUGUGAUAUCAAUUACGAUGUUUUCAAAUUCAUGAGGGAAAAUAACAAGAAGUACGCCUUUGCCAUUUCCAUCAAGGAGUAUGAAGCAACUAUCCCCACUCUAUGGGAAACAACUCGCGAGUUUAUGAAAUUAAAUCCAGGGCUUCUACAUGAAAACAAUAUGUUAGACUUUGUCAGCGACGAUGAGGGUCUUUCUUAUAAUUUGUGUCACUUUUGGUCUAAUUUUGAGAUCGCCUCAUUGGAUUUAUGGAGGUCACCAGAAUAUUCCGCAUACUUUGAUUAUUUGGAUAAAGCAGGCGGAUUUUUCUAUGAAAGAUGGGGCGAUGCUCCAGUGCAUUCUAUCGGUGCUUCAUUGUUCUUAGAUCGGUCUGAAAUCCACCAUUUUGGUGAUAUUGGUUAUUACCAUGUGCCAUUCUACUCUUGUCCAAUUGACACCGGUAUCAGGUUGGCCAACAAAUGUAGUUGUGAUCCACAAACCGAUUUCACAUGGCACAGUUACUCAUGUACAAAUAAGUUUUACACCGUGAACAAGCUGCAAAAACCUGCAGGCUGGCAAAACCAUAUUGGUUAG